CUUGAGUAACGACCUUUCAGAGUGGUAUCGCAACUGCUAAACCUCCUCGUUAUGAUCGUUCAGUUAGGCGAUCCACUUAAUUCUCAACGCCCAAAAUCAUGGAUGCAAUCUGGACAGCAUUCGAGCUGCUGCUCGUCUUAGCAUUAUUUGUUGCAUUUGGAUUAGCAGCCGCGAUCGUUUUCGAAACAUUCAGAAGAAGAUUCAAUCACACUCAUCUUGAUGCUCCUCCUGUGUUCGAAGAUCCAAAUUCUUUGAAACCGGUCCGCUGUCCACAUAUCGUUGAUGAUCCUGCCGAAAAGUAUUUGUCAUUGAUAAUUCCUGCUUACAAUGAAGAGAAUAGGCUUCCUGGGGCUCUUGAUGAAACACUGAAUUAUCUUCAGCAGCGAGCUGCUAAGGACAAAUCAUUUACAUAUGAGGUGAUUAUAAUUGAUGAUGGAAGUGCUGAUGGAACAAGAAGAGUAGCUUUUGAAUAUGUGAAGAGGCACACAGUUGAAAAUGUGAGAGUCAUUCUAUUGGGAUGCAAUCAUGGAAAGGGGGAAGCCAUAAGAAAAGGAAUGCUUCACUCACGUGGUGCGCUGCUUCUAAUGCUUGAUGCUGAUGGGGCUACAAAGAUAGAUGAUCUAGAAAAGUUAGAAAAUCAGAUUCUUGCAGUUGCUAGAAAGGAACAUCAGUUUGGAGAUUCUGCUGCUAGUGAUUCGUCAUUAAGAAUUUCAGAUGUCUCAGUGGCUGCAUUUGGUUCUCGGGCACAUCUCGAGGAGAAGGCUCUUGCAACGAGGAAGUGGUACCGGAAUUUCUUAAUGAAAGGUUUCCAUAUUGUAGUUCUCUUAGCUGCUGGACCUGGAAUCCGUGAUACUCAGUGUGGGUUCAAGAUGUUUACCAGAGCUGCUGCCAGGAAACUUUUCCUAAACAUCCGCUUGAAAAGGUGGUGCUUUGAUGUUGAACUAGUUUAUCUAUGCAAAUGGUUCCGCGUUCCUGUCAUUGAGAUGUCCGUAAAUUGGACUGAAAUCCCCGGCUCAAAGGUUAACCUUUUGAGCAUCCCCAAUAUGUUAUGGGAGUUGGCAAUCAUGUCAUUGGGUUAUAGAAGUGGCAUCUGGGAAAUUUACAGUUGAGCUUUUAUGUCGCCUCUCCACCAGGUUCGUUUUUAGAGUUUUGUAGUCUUGGAAUGACACUGCAGCAGCCAACUGACUGGCAAGGUAGAUUCUAUUCUGGUAACUGAGUUGGUUCCCGUACGAGCAUCAUUCAACAUUUUCACUGUGUAAUUGGUUCAUUAGGUCAGAAGAGAAACCAAAGCAUUGAGUCUUUGCAAUGGUUAUAGCGAAACAUUUUACAAGUUUGUAUUAAAUGUCAACAACACAAAACAUCAGUGCAAUUAUAACUAAUUUUUUAACCUUGCACAAGGUAAA